AUGGCAGUUUACACCAUCAUUGCGGUAGCUAUUGCUGCCAACGUAUUUUUCCCGAUUCCUUUCAUGACUAUUACGAUGACCCUGCCUUUCUUGGCCCUCGUCGGGGGCUCCUUUCGACUUUUCGUCGGUAGUCAAACAGUUCAUGAAAUACUGAAACAACGAGAGCGGUUGGCACAUUUCACCCUCUAUCUUGCAGCGCAGACGCUGAUGUCAGUGACGUAUCCAGCGUAUCAAGUUCUUUUUCAAGCUGCAGCCGACGCAGGGUAUGAGUUAACCGUCGUCGCUCUGCUUCCUAUCGUGAAACUUGUGAUGAGGAAUAUCAUAGCGUUGUCUUUAUCUCGCAUGGACGAUAUGAUGCCCGAAGCUGUCGUCUUCUCGGUCGAUUUCUUCAACGCGUUCUAUAUCAUAACUAGCAUGCAGAACGCUUCAUCUUCGGCAACUGUAGCCAUUAUUAUGGUUGCAGAUCUUAUUCACACAGUCGUGGCUUGGAAAAGUCUCCGACGACGAGCAUCCAGCAUUAUUAGGGAGUCCCGGGCUGGUGGUGUCGACCUAAAGCUGCCGGACAUACUUGACGUUGCUUCCUUUCUUCUUCGAACUCAUAAAUCGGAGAGUAAAAGCUUUGCUCAUGUUCAGAUUCGAUCAUGUAUGACCCAUCAGUUGUCUCUCGAAAAUCGAAUUUUACUUGAUGAUCUCACCAAGGCGACAAAGCACCAUCAGUUUCCGAUGAUCAGGUCGCUGGAACACGUUGGACGUGGUUCAGAUAACCCACGGUGGUCUUGUGUGUGGAGACGAACGAAUGUCGUACAAGUACAACCCAUCAUUGUGAAGACAAACGAACAACUCAGGCCAGAAGCCAAAGACGAAAGCCAGCGCCUCGACGGGGCCUUGAAGGUCCUUUUCACAGCAGAAUGCCUGGUCCUUUCGGAAUAUCUGGAGACGUUUGUUCCAGUCUUAUACACGAUCUACAUUAUGGUCAUGGUCCACCUGACCAGCGCGAAAUAUCACACUGAGCUGUCUGGUGUUACUGUUGACACUAUUGGCAGCAAAAUUCAAGGAAUUCUAGCCUAUGGACUACUGGAAUUACUCUCGUUUGUAGCUCUAGUAGCACUGAUGCGACGUGGCUGUGGCGUGCGAAGUCUCCAUCACCUCGCAUUUGUGUUAGAGACACAUAUGCCGCACAUCCAAGAUAAGCUGCUGGCAUGGGCGUUGCUCACACUUGGAUCUCGCGUUGUGCACUUCGGGGUCGACUUUUCCUUCAAAUUUGACUGGGUUUAA